AUGAGUUUAGCAAUGCAAACCAACCAGACUGAUCAGCUCGCUUUAAUCUACUUCAAAGACAGUGUGGAUAAGGAUUCGCUUGGAAUCCUGAGCUCAUGGAAUGACUCUUCUCAUCAUUGUGAGUGGCCAGGUAUUGUAUGUGGUGGACGACAUCCCGAAAGGGUCGUGUCCCUCAACUUGAUGUCGAAAGGCUUGGGCGGUCUUCUAUCGCCUCAUGUCGGAAACCUCUCUUUCCUUAGAAGCCUUGUUCUACAGAACAACAGCUUUCGUGGCAAAAUUCCACAAAGCAUUGGCCACUUGUUUCGCCUGCGCCAUCUCGUUCUUAGUAACAACUCUUUCAGUGGACAAAUGCCCACAAAUCUUUCUCAGUGCUCAAACCUUGAGGUUUUGAAUCUCAUUGAUAACCAACUUGUGGGCAAAAUUCCUCAUGAGCUUGGCUCUUUGUCAAAGCUUCGAGCUUUAUUUUUGGCUAAAAAUAGUCUUACAGGAUCUAUUCCUUGUUCUAUUGGAAAUCUCUCCCAACUUUUCUCUCUUUCCGUCGGACGUAAUGGGUUGCAAGGAGAGAUUCCCGAGACAUUGUCCAAGCUUCGUGGUUUGAGGAAUGUUCAAUUGGCAUUUAACCAACUCACUGGCAAGAUCCCACCAGCAAUCUUCAACAUGUCCAGCAUUAUCUAUUUUAGUGCCGGUGACAAUCAAUUGAGAGGGAGCAUUCCUCCUAAUAUCGGUGCUACUCUUCCUUCUCUCGAUUAUCUUGAUUUUUCUAGAAAUUUGUUUACUGGCGUUAUACCUCCGUCCUUAUCGAACGCCUCCAACCUUCAGUACAUCUCCUUUGACCAUAACAAUUUUCAUGGACCGAUGCCUACAAAUCUUGGAAGGCUAAAAGCUCUUGAAGAAAUGUUUCUUAUGUCUAACCAGUUGCGAGAUGACUUUAGUUUUAUUACCUCAUUGACUAAUUGUUCAAUGCUGGAAAUUAUUGGGGUAGAUCAUAAUUUUCUUGAGGGUCUCUUGCCAGAUUCCAUCGGCAAUCUUUCCAACAGUGUUAGACUAAUUGCUAUGUCAUCCAACACAAUGUAUGGAACCAUUCCUCCAAGUAUUGGCAAUCUCUUCAACCUGUCUUAUCUUGACUUGUCAAACAAUUCGCUUAGCGGCCAUGUUCCUUCUUGUAUUGGAGCACUCUAUAACUUGCGCAAUUUGUACUUAAGCAUUAACAUGCUAACAGGAGAGAUCCCGUCAUUGAUCGGCAAUUUGACGUUAUUGAGUCUCCUUUACCUACCGUUCAACAACUUCUACGGGGAAAUACCGCAAAGCCUUGGUAACUGCAGGCAGCUAAUCGAGCUUGAGCUUUCAAACAAUAAUCUUGAGUGGUCCAAUCCCGAGGGAGCUUUAGGCACAUUACGAGGCUUACAAGAGUUGGAUGUUUCCCAUAAUGACUUAUUUGGUGAAAUCCCGAGCUUUCUCACUCAACUUAUGGAUUUAAAGUACUUGAAUCUAUCUUCAAACAAGCUUGAAGGAGAAGUUCCGAAGCAAGCAGUAUUUCUCAAUGUUAGUGCAGUGUUCGUCUAUGAGAAUAGGAAUCUUUGUGGAGGUAAAGGGAGAUAUGGUACCGUCUAUAAAGCAACCACACAGGAAGGCGGCUGGGUGGCAAUUAAAGUGCUCAACUUGGGCCAUAGAGGUGCUUCAAAAAGCUUCAUCUCGGAAUGUCGAACCUUAGGGGCCAUAAGACAUCGAAAUCUCGUGAAGAUAUUGGAUGUGUGCUCAAGUGUAGAUUAUCAUGGCAACGAUUUCAAAGCUCUAUUGUAUGAAUACAUGGGUAAUGGGAGCUUAGAAAAUUGGAUACACCAAGGAAACGAAGAGGAUGUUGUGCAUGAACAUGGACAUGGAAAGCCGGGACACUUGGGACUAAUCCGGAGGUUAGACAUUGCCAUUGACAUAGCUUUCGCAAUCGAAUAUCUUCACAAGAAUUGCAGCCCAAAGAUUGUACAUGGAGAUCUAAAGCUAAGUAACAUCCUCCUGGACAACGAGAUGGUGGGACGAGUUGGGGAUUUUGGGAUGGCGACGAUUUGCUUUUCCGCGACAACAGAGGCCAUGGACAUUGACAACCACAGCAGCUCAGUGGCAGUGAGGGGUUCAAUAGGUUAUGUCCCUCCCGAGUAUGGCAUGGGGGACACAGUAUCCACACAAGGUGAUAUGUACAGCUACGGUAUUGUUUUAUUGGAAAUGUUAACUGGGAGGAGACCCACGGAAGAGGCUUUCAAGGACCAUUUAAAUCUCCACAACUUUGUCAAGGUGGCUUUGCCAAAUCGAGUGAUGGAGAUUGUGGACUCGGCCAUUUUUAAUGGAGAAAGUGAGAAUGAUAUUGGGAGGUUGAGAGACUGUGUCACCUCCGUCCUCAGGAUUGGAGUUGCAUGUUCGAUGGAGUCGCCACGGGAUCGGAUGGACGUGACUGAUGCCCUCAAAGAACUGCGUAAGAUCCAGGCUAGGUAUGGAUGA